GCGGCUCUCCCUCCGCACUAAACGCUAAAAUGGAGGCUCCUCUCUUGGAAGACACGGUGGAGGGUGCUGUUGAUUACCAUGGCCGCCCAGUCCGGAGAUCCGAUUCCGGCGGCUGGAGAUCCGCCGCUCUCAUCAUAGGAGUGGAGGUUGCCGAGAGAUUCGCCUACUACGGAGUUUCCUCCAACUUAAUUAACUUCUUGACCGACCAGCUCGGCCAGUCGACGGCCACAGCGGCGGAGAAUGUCAAUGUCUGGUCGGCUGCCGCCUCCUUGCUGCCUCUACUCGGCGCCUUUCUGGCUGAUUCCUUCCUCGGACGAUACCGUACCAUCGCUCUUUCCUCUGUCCUUUACAUCCUGGGACUUGGAUUGUUGACUGUGUCUGCAACGCUUCAUUCUCCCAGCAUUUCUGGCUGCCAACAGACCGAAAAAUCCCUACCAUGUUCCCCCGGCCUUUUCCAAGUAAUUCUAUUUUUCUCCUCCGUAUAUAUUGUGGCAUUUGCUCAAGGUGGACACAAGCCUUGCGUCCAAGCUUUCGGAGCUGACCAAUUUGAUGCACAACAUCCAGAAGAGAGCAAAGCUAAAAGCUCUUUCUUCAAUUGGUGGUAUUUCUGUAUCUCUUUGGCCACAUUUGCAACUGUUAAUAUCUUAAACUAUGUGCAAGAUAACCUCAGCUGGAGUCUUGGGUUUGGAAUUCCUUGUAUUUCUAUGGUUUUGGCACUCGUAGUCUUCUUGCUUGGAACUAGGACGUACAGGUUCAUUAACAGAGGAGAUGAGGAAAACCCAUUUGUAAGAAUUGGACGAGUGUUUAUCACAGCAGUAAGAAAUUGGCGAGUAAAUUCUUCUGAAAUAGCUCAUGAAGAGGAAAUCUGUGGCCUUUUACCACACCAUAGCUCUCAACAGUUCAGGUUCCUCAACAAAGCAUUGAUUGUACCUUAUAGUUCGAAGGAAGGCGGUCAUACAUGUACCAUCAGUGAAGUUGAGGAAGCAAAAGCAGUACUUAGGCUUGUUCCCAUCUGGGUUACAUGCUUAGCAUAUGCUAUUGUAUUCUCCCAGUCAUCAACUUUCUUUACUAAACAAGGAGUCACGAUGAACAGAUCAAUAGUUCCUGGAUUCGACGUACCUGCUGCUUCACUUCAAUCCUUUAUCGGUCUGUCCAUUGUCGUUUCCCUCCCGAUAUAUGAUCGCAUACUCAUUCCGAUUGCAAGAAAUUUCACUGGGAAACCUUCUGGAAUUACAAUGCUACAGAGAAUUGGAUUUGGGAUGCUAUUAUCUGCUCUUUCCAUGGUCAUUGCUGCAUUAGUCGAGAUAAAAAGGCUCGAAACAGCUCAAGAAUAUGGUUUGGUUGAUCUGCCAAAGGCGACUGUUCCUUUGAGUAUAUGGUGGCUGGUUCCUCAAUAUGUACUAUUUGGAGUUGCCGAUGCUUUCACCAUGGUUGGGUUGCAGGAGUUUUUCUAUGACCAGGCUCCGAGCGGAUUAAGAAGCAUCGGUCUGUCGCUGUACCUGAGUAUUUUUGGCGUUGGCAACUUCUUAAGCAGCUUUCUCAUCUCUGCCAUUGAAAAUCUAAGCAGUGGGGAUGGCAAAGAAAGCUGGUUCAAUAAUAAUCUGAACAAAGCUCAUCUUGAUUACUUCUACUGGUUGCUUGCUGGGCUUAGUGCUGUUGGGUUGGCUGCUUUCCUAUGUUUUGCAAGAACUUACAUCUACGGUAAGGGGAAUACCACGUUGUUUAUCACAGCAGUAAGAAAUUGGCGAGUAAAUUCUUCUGAAAUAGCUCAUGAAGAGGAAAUCUGUGGCCUUUUACCACACCAUAGCUCUCAACAGUUCAGGUUCCUCAACAAAGCAUUGAUUGUACCUUAUAGUUCGAAGGAAGGCGGUCAUACAUGUACCAUCAGUGAAGUUGAGGAAGCAAAAGCAGUACUUAGGCUUGUUCCCAUCUGGGUUACAUGCUUAGCAUAUGCUAUUGUAUUCUCCCAGUCAUCAACUUUCUUUACUAAACAAGGAGUCACGAUGAACAGAUCAAUAGUUCCUGGAUUCGACGUACCUGCUGCUUCACUUCAAUCCUUUAUCGGUCUGUCCAUUGUCGUUUCCCUCCCGAUAUAUGAUCGCAUACUCAUUCCGAUUGCAAGAAAUUUCACUGGGAAACCUUCUGGAAUUACAAUGCUACAGAGAAUUGGAUUUGGGAUGCUAUUAUCUGCUCUUUCCAUGGUCAUUGCUGCAUUAGUCGAGAUAAAAAGGCUCGAAACAGCUCAAGAAUAUGGUUUGGUUGAUCUGCCAAAGGCGACUGUUCCUUUGAGUAUAUGGUGGCUGGUUCCUCAGUAUGUACUAUUUGGAGUUGCCGAUGCUUUCACCAUGGUUGGGUUGCAGGAGUUUUUCUAUGACCAGGCUCCGAGCGGAUUAAGAAGCAUCGGUCUGUCGCUGUACCUGAGUAUUUUUGGCGUUGGCAACUUCUUAAGCAGCUUUCUCAUCUCUGCCAUUGAAAAUCUAAGCAGUGGGGAUGGCAAAGAAAGCUGGUUCAAUAAUAAUCUGAACAAAGCUCAUCUUGAUUACUUCUACUGGUUGCUUGCUGGGCUUAGUGCUGUUGGGUUGGCUGCUUUCCUAUGUUUUGCAAGAACUUACAUCUACGGUAAGGGGAAUACCACGUGAAAAAAGACUGUUUCGCUAGCACUGUAAUUUAAAGCUGUGUAUUGAAAUCUGAAAUCGUAUAUCGAGUAAGAUAACCUGGCUUAAGUUGCCUGUUUAUACGUGUUUUCCAUCCUUUGCAAGAACAGGAGCUUACAUUUAGAAUAGGAGGAAUACCACAUGAUGAUCUCAACUGUGUUGGAGCUUUGUAAUUUAAAGCUCUGAGAUUGGAUAGGCAUUGUUGUAUAUCGAACUGGUUCGAUUUGAAACUUGAUCCAGGUUAAGCGAGCCCUUUGAUCACGGACAAAGUUUUAUGGUAUUAA